AAAAAAAAAAAAAAAAACCUAGAGUUUAUAGAAAGGGAAAAAAACUAAGGUUUGGAUUCAGCACCCUGAAAUCGGAUAAGUGCUUGGGUCAAUCAAGGCUUUUUUUUCAAUGUUUUUUUUUCCACUUUGUAAAAUAAUACAUUCCAAUGGAUCAACAAUGAAUCAUGUUUGAUUUGUGAAAUUAACUUGGAUUAUCCAGAAAAGAUGCCUUGACACUCAGCAGUUAGUUGGUUUCAGCUUCAUUCCUUCCACAGCCUAUUAAGGUUUGAGCAUUUUGGUUCUGUAUUCGAGUGGACGGUGACACGAAACCCCUCCUACGAUAAUGGCAAAUCAUGUGCAUGCACUCAGUUAGAGUUAAAAUUACUGUGGCAGUGGAUUGCACAGAAACAACAUGCAUUUAUGACACAUUUUGAGUUGCUUUGCAAGGUAACAGAACAUGAAAAGAUUCAUUGUGUGAUAUCGUCAUAAAAUGUUGUUUAGAGUGCUGCAGUGGAUGUUUAUAGGAGCUUUACUAUUUCACAUUGUCGCGUGUAAUAAAAAUGGACCAUUUUCUAUUUUAAUGACAUAGCAUUGUUGAAAAAUGAGGUAUGUAGGCCUACAUGAAUUGUAUUAAAUGUAAUGUGGUCUCUGGCGUCUGGUCACCCUACAGCAGGGGUCGGCAACUCAAAAUGUUGAAAGAGCCAUAUUGGACAAAAAGAAACGAAUAUGUGUGGAGCCGGGGAAAAAAAGCCUUAUAUGAACUCUGUGUCAAUAAUUGCUAUAUUAGCCUACUAUCAAAAUGACUAAGUUGGCUACAAAAACAUAAUGAGCCUUCAUGAUUAAAUGUUUAUUUUCCCUGCAGUGCAUCCUAUAGAGAAUGAUGCACCACAUGACUACGAUGCUGCCUGUUUUAACUUAGUUACAAUAUUAAUGAAUUAGAUGAAUGUUUGUGUCAUGUUUGUCUCCUACAGAAAUCACAGUAAAACAAAAAGUAUAUUUCUCUAAUCUUUUUCCAUUUUCAAACAUUUUUGAAAAAGCUCCAGGGAGCCACUAGGGCAGCUCUAAAGAGCCGCAUGUGGCUCUAGAGCAGCGGGUUGCUGACCCCCACCCUGGAGUUAAGAAGGGGACCUGUUUUGAAGAUGGUUUUGGAUGUUUUUUUUUUUUUUUUUUUUUUUUUUUAAACCUCAGUCGUGGAAAUUUUCUGGUACCCCUUGCAUUUAAAGGUAAAGAGAACAGAAUAUUUGUGUGACACAGUUUUAAUGACUGAUGCCUCCAAAUCGAAUUUAUUGUCAAAUGAGCAUAUUUAAUCACAAUAAAUUUCAGGGACAAUUUAUGAUGUGGCUGAUGUAAAUGUGUAUUUUCAUAUCGUCACAAACACCCGCUGGUAACCAAAAUCUUUUGAGAAAACAGUGUGACACCCUUUUUGUUCAAAAAGUAUUGUGUUUUUUAAAAUUAAUAAAUCAUAUCCAUUUUUUGUUAAAUUUAUUCCCCUAGAUCAUGGUUACAACAUUAUAAACCCAUGAACCCUCCCCAAGAGGUAAAUACUGUACAUUCACAGGUAAAAGUGAGUUAGUUGGACAUUUCUGUGAUCUCAAUGGACGAGAAAGGCCAGCAGAGCAGAAGCAUGUUAUGACGCAAACAGUGCACACACGCACAUACGCUCCUCCUUUUUGCAUUUCGGAGCUCCAGUCCCGGGAUCUUUGUAGACCUUACGUACAGUUGAAGUAUCUUGAGUGAGGAGGUGCUUGGGCGAUGGCAGAGGACACAUCCAAAAUACUUUGCAAUUGAACCGAAUUAACCAGGAUAAACUUUUAAGAUAUAGAGUGCGUCCAAAGAUGCGGACCAACGCUGUCUUAGUGGUGUCUACACUCUUUUUUGCAAGUAAUAUAACAGGUAUCAGAGCAGAGAGUGCCGAGGAGCGGCUGGUGAAUUUCUUGUUAGGUCCUGAACGCUACAACAAACUAAUCAGACCGGCUGUCAAUAAGAGUCAACAGGUCACCAUCUCUAUUCGUGUGUCACUCUCUCAGCUCAUCAGUGUCAAUGAGCGAGAGCAGAUCAUGACAACCAACCUGUGGCUGUCCCAGGAGUGGAAUGAUUACAGGCUGAGGUGGGACCCAGAAAAAUAUGAAGGUAUCAAGAAACUUCGAAUACCCUCCAAACUUCUUUGGCUUCCUGACAUAGUGCUGUACAACAAUGCUGAUGGUGUGUAUGAAGUGUCCUUCUAUUGCAACACUGUGGUCUCCAACACGGGAGACAUUGUUUGGCUCCCUCCCGCAAUCUACAAAUCAGCCUGUGCCAUUGAAGUGCAAAAUUUCCCCUUCGACCAGCAGAACUGCACUCUCAAGUUCCGCUCCUGGACGUAUGAUCACACAGAAGUUGACCUGAUUCUCACCAGUGACUAUGCCAGCCGUGACGACUUCACACCCAGCGGAGAGUGGGAUAUUGUCUCGCUCCCGGGACGCAAAAAUGAGGAUCCCAAUGACAUUACUUACCUUGAUAUCACCUAUGAUUUUGUGAUCAAGAGGAAGCCGUUGUUUUAUACCAUUAAUAUGAUCAUCCCCUGUGUGCUGAUCACAUCUCUGGCUAUUCUGGUGUUUUACCUGCCAUCGGACUGUGGCGAGAAGAUGACGCUGUGUAUCUCAGUGCUGCUGGCACUCACUGUGUUCCUGCUACUUAUUUCAAAGAUUGUACCGCCCACCUCCCUUGCAGUACCGCUCAUUGGUAAAUACCUGAUGUUCACCAUGGUGCUAGUCACUUUCUCCAUUGUGACCACCGUAUGUGUUCUGAACGUCCAUCACCGCUCUCCCUCCACUCACCAUAUGCCUCAAUGGGUGAACCGUCUCUUCUUAGUACAACUUCCCACUCUUCUUCUAAUGAGGCGUCCAGGCGCGGCUAAUGUCCGUGACAAGCUCAGGCGGAAGUAUGGUGACCGAAAUGCCAUCAGAAAAAGCCCCUCUCAGGCUGCAACUGAUAAACACCGGAUCCCUAAUAGAAAGCUUGGGGGGAUUCAAACAGAUUCUGACUCCUUCUACGUGAAUGCAGACUGGGCCCACAAGUAUUGUUGGAGGGUGGGAGACAUCCCAGAUGCGGGUGGUGGAUCUUCAGACAUUCAGAGGCCUUUGCGCUCUCAAUGGGAUGCAGAUCUCGAAGAGGCGGUGGAAGGGGUGAAGUACAUCGCUGAGCACAUGAAGACGGAAGAUGAUGAUGAAGGGAUAAUAGAAGACUGGAAGUACGUAGCCAUGGUGAUAGACCGUUUGUUUUUGUGGAUCUUUAUCCUAGUGUGUGUAGUUGGAACACUGGGGCUCUUCAUGCAGCCACUAUUCCAAAGCUACAACACACCUACUGCUGAUGAUACUGAGUAUGCAGAUUUCUAGGAUGUUAGAACAAAUUGGUCUUUCUUCCACAUUUCACCAAAUUUUUCAUCCCGAUCCAGCUUUGUUGAUCAAAACAAUCGUUAAGGUCUAGUGUGCAGUAAGUAUUCCUUCAAACAGUGACAACUGGUGAGUUUUCUCCUAUGAGGGCUAUAUAUGGUAUAUCCAUACCUGUAUGUAGUAAUGUAUGUAGGUAUGUAUACAUAAAUAUCGUAUGUAUGUGAAGGUACGUAUGUACAUGCACUAUGUACAUACGUAUGUGUAUGUUAUGUACGUACAUACAUUCUAUGUAUGUACAAAUGUAUGUAUGUACAUACUGUAUGUACAUACAGAUGCAACAUACAUAGUGUUGUUGUUUUUAUUAUUAUUAUUAUUAUUGAACAAUUUUUAUUGCCUGUAGUCAGAUUGACUUUGUAAACAAAAAUCCGUUCUCAGUUCUCACCUGAAUAAAUAAAAAAGUGAAGAAAUACUUAUUUAAUUAUGACACACAACAUACAGAAUAUGAUAUGUAAAUAAAAUAUUGUCAUAGCUUCUACCAUAAAGGCUUGAGGUAGAAACUGUGAUGGUGAAACUCAUACUGCAUGCCUUUUAAUUUGACCAGAUUUAAACUCUAGCAGCAUUACAGGCUCCAUGACACAAUUGACUGUUCUUCUGUUCUACUUUCAAACACAAUAUAUAUACCUGUAUUUGACAUGUUUAACUCUCAUAAUGUAUACAAAGUGUAAUACUAUGUAAGUAGCAUCCGUCCCUGGCUGAGUUCAGACAGCACUUUAAUACUACUAUGGAAUUAGGUUAAAUACAAUGUGUUUUCUCUGUGACACUACAGUUGUAAAAAAUAUACAUAUGAUGUAUGUUAUUUCUUUCAUCUCAUCACAAGACCUUGCUGUUCAAGUUUGAAAAGGGUAAAAAAAUGCAAUAUCGAAUGACAAACAAAUGCAAACGUCACUAAAUGUUCGAAUUUAAUGCUCUGCAACUGUUUUAGCCAAUACUAGCUUUUUUCCCUUUUCUUUCUUUCUUUCUCUCUCUCUUUCUCUUACCUUAAACAGGUAACAUUAAAAAUAAAUCCCCACAAAACUUGACCAUGGUGGUAAUGCAUGAGAUGAAGCAUAGUAUGUUUAUUUGAGAAUAUGAAUAAAAGGUGCAUAGGUGAAUGAAUUAACUCAAUGAAUUUGUAAUUGCUGCUACUCCUAACAGCUAAGAAAAAGACUUUUGGUUGUUUUUGGAUGAAUUGGUGAAGAAUUUGUAAAUCAGUUAAAAAUAAAUGACUGUAAUCAAUCACAAUAUGUG